GAAAUACAGUUAGAACACGCAAAACAAGCUUUUGUGCAGAGAGACAAUGCUCAAGCCGGAAGAGUCACAGCUAUGGACUUCAGGGACAUUAUGGUCACUAUCCGGCCACACAUGCUGACACCGUUUGUAGAAGAAUGUCUAGUAGCUGCUGCUGGAGGUACCACUUCCCAUCAGGUCAGCUUUUCCUAUUUUAAUGGAUUUAACUCUCUCCUUAACAACAUGGAGCUCAUUAGGAAGAUCUACAGUACUCUGGCUGGAAAUAGAAAAGACGUGGAAGUCACUAAGGAGGAGUUUGUUCUGGCAGCUCAGAAAUUUGGUCAGGUUACACCCAUGGAAGUUGACAUCUUGUUUCAGUUAGCAGACCUGUAUGAGCCACGGGGGCGCAUGACGUUGGCCGAUAUCGAAAGAAUUGCCCCUCUCGAGGAAGGGACGUUGCCGUACAACCUGGCUGAGGCUCAGAGGCAGAAAGCUCCAGGCGAUGUGUCUCGACCUAUUCUCAUCCAGAUCGCAGAAUCGGCGUACAGGUUUGCCCUCGGCUCGGUUGCUGGAGCUGUUGGAGCCACUGCAGUCUACCCAAUCGAUCUGGUAAAAACUCGAAUGCAAAACCAACGCUCUACAGGCUCUUUUGUGGGAGAACUUAUGUAUAAGAACAGCUUUGAUUGCUUCAAGAAAGUGCUACGUUAUGAAGGGUUCUUUGGGCUUUAUAGAGGUCUGUUACCGCAGCUCUUGGGAGUAGCACCAGAAAAGGCCAUAAAACUUACUGUUAACGAUUUUGUGAGAGACAAAUUUAUGUCUAAAGACGGCUCCGUCCCACUGGCUGCAGAAAUCCUUGCUGGUGGCUGC